AAGCCUCAUCAUCAUCAUCAUCAUCAUCACCACCGUACCGCCGCCACGACCACCGCAACGGCAGCUGACCGAGCCGAGCCACACACCGGGCUUUACCGAUUCGAGGAGCCGGGCGCCAUGGCGGGCCGCCUCUAGGAGCACCGAGAUUUAGCCUCUUUGUUCUCCCUCGACGCCGCGCCGAGUUUCCGCGCCUCCGCCGAGGAGGGGCCGCCGAGGAGCAGCUUUCCGAGCGGAGGAGGAGGAGGAGGAGGAGGCGGCAGGAGCAGCAGCCACCACCGGGGAGGUGUUUUCUACCGAGCCAGCCGAAUGGCGGACCGAGAGGCGUCGCCGAUCCCGCUGGAGAUCCGAGCCCGGCUGGCAGAGCUGGAGCUGGAGCUGUCAGAGGGCGACAUCACUCAGAAGGGUUAUGAGAAGAAGAGGUCCAAGCUGAUCAGGGCAUAUGUUCCCCAUGCUGGAGGUAUGGAAGGUCCGAUGUCCCACCGGGCUCCACUCGGACCUCCGUCUGCUGCCAGGUUCCACCGACGGAGAACCUCUGGCACCAGAGAUGAGCGCUACCGAUCAGACGUCCACACUGAGGCGGUUCAGGCUGUAUUGGCGCGACAUGUAGAGAGGAAGGUUGCCGUGCCGAUGCCCUCGAAACGACGAUCGCUGGUGGUGCAGACCUCCAUGGAUGCCUACACACCUCCAGGCCUGUCCCCCCUGUGCUCAGACUCGUCGUCGGGGUCCGAGGAGGAGGCGGGGCCGGGCGACGACAUGUCGGGCAUGGAGCACUGGAUGAGCCGCCCGUCACAGCUAGGCCCCGCCCACCUGGGCUCCACCUCCUCCUCGUCCUCGUCCACUCAGAGCGGCGGCAGCGGGAACGCCGGGCGGCUGGCCGACUCGCUGGCGCACACGCACAUCUCGCACCUGGCGCACUCACACCUAGCGCACACACACCUGGGCCAGUCGCACCACCAGCAGAGCCACCUGUCGCAGUCGCACCACGGUAUCGGCCACCUGUCCCUGAAGAGGAAGGGAGCUCUGAGUGUCGCCGAGAACGGAGGAUCUCUGCGACGGUCCUGCGAGUUUGGAUCCGACAUGUUGUGGCCGCCGCCGCUGGAGUCGGACGAAAACCACUCGGCCCCUCCGGAUGUGACGGGGUACUCGUCGGACUCGUCCCACUCCCACACCGAGCGUCACCACAUGGCCAACAUGGGAACGAUUGCCAGGAACACGCAGAAGUACGGCAACGCAGAGCGCAUGGAGACCGGCGACGGUGUUCCCGUCAGCAGUCGUGUGUCGGCGAAGAUCCAGCAGCUGGUGAACACGCUGAAGCAGCCGCGCAGACCUCCGCUCCGAGAGUUCUUUGUCGAUGACUUUGAUGAGCUUCUGGAAGUCCAGCAGCCCGACCCCAACCAGCCCCGACCUGAGGGGGCUGAGAUGAUGCCGGUCCGAGGGGAGGCUCUGGGGGUCGUCACCAACUGGCCUCCGUCCCUGGAGGCGGCGCUGCAACGCUGGGGAACCAUCUCCCCUAAAGCACCCUGCCUCACCAGCCUGGACACGGCCGGGAAGCCGCUCUACGUCCUCACAUACGGGAAGCUCUGGUCUCGCAGCAUCAAGCUUGCCUACAACAUCCUCCACAAGCUGGGCAGCAAGCAGGAGCCCAUGGUGCGACCGGGAGACCGGGUGGCGCUGGUGUUUCCCAACAACGACCCGGUGGCCUUCAUGGUGGCCUUCUACGGCUGUCUGCUGGCCGAGGUGGUCCCGGUCCCCAUCGAGGUGCCGCUCAGCCGCAAGGAUGCCGGCAGCCAGCAGAUUGGCUUCCUAUUGGGCAGCUGUGGCGUUACCGUGGCGCUGACCAGUGACGCCUGCCAUAAGGGUCUCCCCAAGAGCGCAACAGGAGAAAUCCCACAGUUCAAAGGUUGGCCGAAGCUGCUGUGGUUCGUAACCGAGUCGAAGCAUCUCUCCAAACCUCCCAGAGACUGGUUCCCUCACAUCAAGGACGCCAACAACGACACCGCUUAUAUAGAGUAUAAAACCUGUAAGGACGGCAGCGUUCUGGGAGUCACUGUGACCCGGAUCGCUCUGCUCACCCACUGCCAGGCGCUCACACAGUCCUGCAGCUACACCGAAGCCGAGACCAUAGUGAACGUCUUGGACUUUAAGAAGGACGUCGGCCUGUGGCACGGCAUCCUGACGAGUGUGAUGAACAUGAUGCACGUGAUCAGCGUUCCCUACUCGCUGAUGAAGGUCAAUCCUCUGUCGUGGAUCCAGAAAGUCUGCCAGUACAAAGCUAAAGUGGCCUGUGUGAAGUCCAGAGACAUGCACUGGGCUCUGGUGGCCCACAAAGACCAGAAGGACAUCAACCUGAGCUCGCUGCGCAUGCUGCUGGUGGCCGACGGAUCAAACCCCUGGUCCAUCUCCUCCUGCGACGCCUUCCUCAACGUCUUUCAGACCAAAGGGCUGAGAGGUGAGGUCAUCUGUCCCUGUGCCAGCUCCCCCGAGGCCCUGACGGUGGCCAUCAGGAGGCCAGUGGAGGACAGCAGCCAGCCUCCGGGUCGAGGCGUCUUGUCCAUGCAGGGUCUGAGCUAUGGAGUCGUCAGGGUCGACACCGAGGAGCGUCUGUCAGUGUUGACAGUUCAGGACGUGGGAACCGUCACACCAGGAGGCCUGGUCUGUGUGGUGAAACCUGAAGGCGUCCCUCAGCUCUGUCAGACCGACGAGAUCGGAGAACUGUGUGUUUGUUCCAUCGCCACGGGAACGUCUUAUUACGGCCUGACGGGGAUGACCAAGAACACCUUCGAGGUUUACCCGGUGAGCUCCAGCGGCGGCCUGAUCAGCGAGUACGCCUUCGUCCGCACCGGCCUGCUGGGCUUCAUUGGCCCCGGCGGCCUCGUCUUCAUCACCGGCAAGAUGGACGGACUGAUCAUGGUGAGCGGGCGCCGCCACAACGCCGACGACAUCGUCGCCACGGCGCUGGCGGUGGAGCCCAUGAAGUUCGUGUACCGAGGACGGAUAGCGGUGUUCUCGGUGACGGUGCUGAGGGACGAGAGGAUCGUGGUGGUGGCCGAGCAGAGACCCGACUCCACAGAGGAGGACAGUUUCCAGUGGAUGAGCCGCGUCCUGCAGGCCAUAGACAGCAUCCACGGGGUCGGUGUCUUCUGCCUGGCUCUGGUUCCGGCCAACACUCUACCCAAGACCCCUCUGGGCGGCAUCCACCUCUCGGAGAUCAAGCAGCUGUACCUGGAGGGAGGCCUGCAUCCCUGCAACGUCCUCAUGUGCCCCCACACCUGCGUCACCAACCUGCCCAAACCCCGGCAGAAGCAGCCAGAGAUCGGACCCGCCUCUGUGAUGGUGGGUAAUCUGGUGUCGGGGAAGAGGAUCGCUCAGGCCAGCGGCAGAGACCUGGGACAGACCGACGACAACGACCAGUUCCUGUUCCUGUCGGAGGUUUUGCAGUGGAGAGCUCAGACGACACCGGAUCACGUCCUCUACACCCUCCUCAGCUCCCGGGGGGCGGUGUCGAGCUCCCUCACCUGUCUGCAGCUGCACAAGAGGGCGGAGCGAGUGGCGGCGCUGCUGAUGGAGCGAGGAGGUCUGCAGGAGGGAGACCACGUCGCUCUGGUUUACCCCCCAGGUAUCGAUCUGAUCGCAGCUUUCUACGGCUGCCUGUACGCCGGCUGUGUUCCCAUCACGGUGCGGCCGCCUCACCCCCAGAACAUCUCCACCACGCUGCCCACCGUCAAGAUGAUCGUCGAGGUGAGCCACUCGGCCUGUGUGAUGACCACAGCUGUGAUCUGUAAGCUGCUGCGCUCCAAAGAGGCCAUGGCCACCGUGGACAUCAGGAACUGGCCUCCAGUCCUGGACACAGAUGACCUGCCAAAGAAGAAGCCUCCAGCUCUCUACAAGCCCACCAACCCCGACGGUCUGGCCUAUCUGGACUUCAGUGUGUCCACGACCGGGAUGCUGGCUGGAGUUCAGAUGUCCCACAAUGCCGUUGGGGCCUUCUGCCGGUCGGUGAAGCUGCAGUGUGAGCUCUACCCGUCCAGAGAGGUGGCCAUCUGCCUGGAUCCUUACUGCGGCCUCGGCUUCGUCCUCUGGUGUCUCUGCAGCGUCUACUCGGGCCACCAGUCCAUCCUGAUCCCUCCGGUGGAGCUGGAGUCCAACCCGGCGCUGUGGCUGCUGGCCGUCAGCCAGCUGAGGGUCCGAGACACCUUCUGCUCCUACAGCGUCAUGGAGCUCUGCACCAAAGGACUCGGCCUGCAGACAGAAGCUCUCAAGGCUCGAGGUCUUGAUCUGUCCCGGGUUCGUGCCUGUGUUGUGGUGGCAGAGGAGAGGCCUCGGAUGUCGUUAACUCACUCCUUCUCGAAGCUCUUCAAAGAUCUCGGCCUUCAUCCGCGAUCUGUCAGCACAGCGUUCGGCUGCAGAGUCAACCUGGCAAUCUGCCUGCAGGGCACGUCAGGACCGGACCCCACUACCGUGUACGUAGACAUGAGGGCGCUGCGACACGACAGGGUUCGGUUAGUGGAGAGAGGCUCCCCCCACAGUCUGCCCUUAAUGGAGUCCGGCAAGAUCCUGCCUGGAGUUCGCAUCAUCAUCGCCAACCCGGAGACCAAAGGGCCGCUGGGAGACUCGCAUCUCGGAGAGAUCUGGGUCCACAGCGCCCAUAACGGCAGCGGUUACUACAGCGGUUACGGCGAGGAGGUCCUCCAGUCGGACCACUUCAACUCCAGACUCAGCUUCGGAGACACUCAGACGGUUUGGGCCAGGACCGGGUACCUGGGUUUCCUCCGUCGCACCGAGCUCACCGACGCCAACGGAGAGAGACACGACGCUCUGUUCGUGGUGGGAGCUCUGGAGGAGGCCAUGGAGCUGAGGGGGAUGAGGUACCAUCCCAUCGACAUCGAGACCUCCGUCAUCCGCGCACACAAGAGCAUCAUGGAGUGUGCGGUGUUCCCCUGGACCAACCUGCUGGUGGUGGUGGUGGAGCUGGAGGGCUCCGAGCAGGAGGCCCUGGACCUGGUUCCCAUGGUGACCAAGGCGGUGCUGGAGGAGCACUACCUGAUCGUGGGCGUCGUCGUGGUGACGGACAUCGGCGUCAUCCCCAUCAACUCCCGCGGCGAGAAACAGCGCAUGCACCUCCGCGACGGCUUCUUACAAGACCAGCUAGACCCCAUCUACGUGGCCUACAACAUGUAGCCUGAGUGUGUUGCCGUGUGCGUCACCGCGUGUCUGUCGGAGUGUGUGUUUGUGUGCAGGGCAGAGAGAGGGAGAGGGAGAGGGAGCGAGCGAGCAUGCGUCUGUAUGCUGUGGAUAUUGCCGUUGUUGUUCAUUUAUUUCCCGAAAUCAAGAUGUACUGUAUUUUUGAACCUGCAUAUGGUGUGGUCUUAAAUCGUCCGUUUUCUUUACAGUCGUGUUGUGCCGGGUGGAUGGAUGGUUGGUUGGUUGGUUGAUUGGUUGGUUGGUUGGUUGGUUGAUUGGACAAUUGAUUGGUUGGUUGUUUGGUUGGACAGACGGUUGGACAAUUGGACAAUUGGUUGUUUGGUUGGUUGGUUGGUUGGUUGGUUGGACAAUUGGACAGUUGGGUACUUGGUUGGUUGGUUGGUUGGUCGGUUGGUUGACUGACUGGUUGGUUGUUUUUUUUACACCCCGCUAAAUCUCGUGACCGUUACCGGGAUCUCGUCACUGUAGAAAGCCUUAGAGGGGAACACUGUGUUCGGCCGUCGUCUUUCCGAGGUCUUAGGAGGUAAAAGUAGAAAAAUACUAGACUGUAUCUGUCAUCAUGUUUUACUGGUCGGGUCGAGAAAAAAAAAACUUACCCAGAUUUGUGGUAUUAUUUCGAAGAUUAGAACAGGGGCAGCCAGAUUCUUGUAAAAACUAUAAAUAUUGUACAUAGACAUAAUAAUCUAUAUGGAGAGGUACCUAAAACACAGUGAGGUGUAGUAGCCCCUAUAUGCAGCUUUCUCCACCUGCACCCUGUGUGUGUCUGUUUGUGUGCAGAGUGUGUUCAUCUGUCUGUGUAGUUGUGCGACAGGGACGUUUGUUGUAGUUUCAAUGCGAAUCAGGCAGGUUUUAGACAGAGACGAUCAAAGAAGAGACGUUUUUAUGGAGUUGAAACCCACAAAAAGAGCAAGUUUGCGUGUUUUCAGUGUCCUAAGUGUGAGAAAAACUGCAAUGAUGCAUCUUUUUCCUGAUCUAGUCAUGUCUGAGAGGCAAAAAAACACCAUAAAUUUAAGUAAAACGCAAAUUCUUUAUGUGUAAAUCAAAGCAAAACCUGCACAAUAAUGAAAUCUGUUAAAAUUACAGACAGAAACCCACAAAAAAGAACAGCUUUGUGUGUUUUCAGUGUCCAAAAUGAAAGAAAAACUACACCGAUGCCCUUUUUUUUUCUGAAUAUUGUCACAUUUCAAAGGUUCUCUUUUACCCUUUCGGCAAAAAAAGCAACACAAAUGUGUUUACAAUGCCGGUUUUUUUCACAAGAUUCCAAGCAAAAAUGCUGCAAACUUUUAACGUGCAACAAUUUGUGCAUGUUAAAAUGUUUUAUGGAGGAAGAAACCCACAUAAAAGAGCAGCUUUGUGAAAGAAAAACUAAGGUGAUGCAUCUUUUUCUGAUUCUAGCGACAUUUUAUAGGUUUUCUUUGACCUUUCUGGCACAAAAACAACAUAAAUUUAAGUCCAAUGCAAAUUCUUUCUGCAGAGGUUCGAGCAAAAGUGCCACAAAUCUUAAUGAUUUGUACACAUUAUAGUUGUUUUAUGGAAUUAAAGAACAACUCUGUGUGUUUUCAGCGCCCAAAGUGACAGAAAAACUACCCUCAUGCAUCUUUUCCUCCAACUGAAGGUUUUCUUUUACCUUUUUGGGACGCAAACAACAUCAUUUGGACCCUUUUGGUGCCACAAAAACACCACAAAUUUAAGCAUGAGUCAAGUUCUUCAAGGAAAAAUACAGAAAAUACUCAACCCGGACGAUAAUCUGAGCAAACUAAAUGAUUUUAACCUGGUGGAACUGCAGAAUAUAGUUUAAAAAAAAAAGAACUGCGUGUGUUUUCAGUGCCUGAAGUGACAGAAAAUGCAUCUUUUUCUGAAUCUAGUCACGUCUGAAAGGCAAAAAGCAAAGUUGUUUGUGUAAAAUUCAAACUUCUAACAUGCACAAUAAUGUUCCUUCUUGCCCGUCAGUCAAUCUUUUGCUGAGUUUGUUGCAGUAAAGUUGUGAAAUUCAGCCCCUGAAGCACCCAAAGCAUCUCGCCGAGCAAAGUGCACUGUGUGAAUAAGAAAGAAAUGUAUUAUUAAUGUUAUUUAAAGGGAGUUUAAGGGAAGCUCUGCGUCUUCGAUCAAAGCCGGCGGCGUCCAGGUGUUGCUGCGGCUCUUUUACAUAAAUGUUUUUUAUUCUUUCCGCGUCUCCUCCGAGGGGGCGCGGGAUGAUUAACGGGGCGAAAAAAGACGAACAAUAUUAUGCUGCGGAUAAAAAAACACCACGUCUGCUGGCGUUUAUUAUGAAUUACUGUGAACUCGCGCCUCCUCGGGCCGUAUUCAGAUGAAACAGUGUGAUGUAAAACUCAAUUUUCUGUCUCGACAAGCCAAGAAGAUCUACUGUGCGUCAGGUUUUGGAGUAAAUGGAACUGCAGGAACAUCUGGAGGCCGUUGGGGGGAGAAAAAGGGAAGUGCAGAUAAAGUUUACAUAGAGAAGCUCCUCUUGUAGCAAUAAUCCCCAAAGGAUGCUCUUUACUGCGGGAUUCGUCCGUCUGCGUGCCGCUCCGCUGAGGUCAUCCGCUGCAGAUUUAAACAUCGCAAACCAGCUGUGGAGCUUCUGUGUCUUUUUAUGAAGUUUCCUCAUGGCGUCCUCAGUCUCCAGUCUGUUCUGCUGCGUCACAGAAAAGCAGAAGAAUCGAGGCACUUCAGGAUGUUUUUUAGGCAAAUAUCAGUUUAUAUGUUUAACCCUCUGAACUCCAAGCUGUUUCUGGGUGUUUUUUGCUCGCUGUGGGCUCAUUUUUUAGUAAAACAACCACGACUAGAAGGAAAGAGAAGCAAGAAAUCUUUUUUUUUUUGCAGUAUGACAUGAUGAAAAUGCCAUAAAUCAUAAAAAAAGAAAAAACAAAAAAACACAAGUUUAAUUUUUUGUUGCUAAACUGCUAAAACUAAAAUCAACAUGUGCACCAUUUUCCCAUAGGCAUCACAGUAAACUACAGCUAAAACAGUGGCUCUGCAUGCUAUGUUUAUAUUUACUUACAUUUUUCACUCGUUUCCGUACGAAAACUGUGAUUUUUUUGCCUCCUUACUCCUGGUCACAGUUGAGUCACUAAUGGCUUCAAAGUUGCCUUAAAAUGAGCAGAGUUUUUUGCUUUUUGCAGAAUCUGUUUAACAUAAACGAGUUAUUUUUGGUGAAUUUUUUAAUCAAACCUGUUGAAUAAAGUGAUUUUCAUUCUGGAUUUGGUCGAAUUUUCUGCCACAGCAGACGAUUAGUUCAAGGACUGUUGAAAAUCUGACAGUGGGUUCUGUUUUUGCAUUUUCUGGCUCCGAUAAAAGAGGUUACUUUUAUGUUUUUUAUAAAAAUAACAAGCCUUUAAAACCCACUAGAAGGUUCAGAGGGUUAAUGUGAAGACUGCUGCUGCUUAUUUUUAUGGAUUUAUCUUUUUGAUCUUCAACAGAAAAAGCUAAAGAGACUUCAGCGAACACUUUGUGCUGAUUAAAAAUUACUCUUAUUGUGUCGUUGAACAAAUCCGCAAAAAUUGUCGUUAAAUUUCACUCUCGUGCAGAAACAUCAGUGACUUUUUAGAGGAUUUUAAUGGAUACACGUCAGAUUUAAACUGAAACCUUCGAAAUCUGCAGUCUGAGGCUCAUUAAUGUCAUAAAUCUUCAUUAUCUUACUGCUCAAAUCCAUCUCAAGGGUGUAACCAGGAAAAUAAACAUUUUGUUUCCCCGCUGCCACCUUGUGGAGAUUUUGGUUCAUUGCGGCGCGUCACAAAGAGCUUUGAGCAGUGAAAUGUCGCAGCUUCCUGGUUAAUGUAGCUCAAUAUUUAGUGUUAAAUGGAAAUAUUAGCUGCUUUAAAACAAGAAAAUAUAGAAAGAGGAAUAAAAAAAACAACAGAAAAUAAUGAAUCCUGCAGCAAAAUUUUCAUAGAAAGGAUCUUUAUCAUGCAAACCUUUUUAAAAAAUGUUUUUUCAUUGUUUUAGAGAGAAAUCCUGCGUAAAGAGCAUCCUCUGGGCUUUGGUACAGCAGCUACCACCUUUUAUGUGCACUGAUGUCGUGAGGCUAUAGAAGAUUAUUAUAAAAAAAUAAAGAACUAUAUUAAAGGUUUUAUCCCAAACUGUGAAUCCUGGGAGUCACUGCGACCUGCAGCAGGUGGCGUCAAAACGACAGAAAGACUUUUAUUCAGAGUGUUAUUUAGAAGAGCUCAUCAUCCGUGUGUGAUGUCGUCUCAUCGCUCUUCUUCUGUGGUUUUACUUUCAUUUUCUGAACACGUUCAUCAAAAGAAGAAGAAGAAAAAAACUUUAUGCAUAUCAGAAGUUGCUUAGCGCUUGUUUGGCUAACUUUGGGUUCGUUGGUAGCAGCGUAGCGGUCCUGUUUCAGUCCCUGUGUGUGUGUGUGUGUGUGUGUGUGUGUGUGUGUGUGUGUGUGUGUGUGUGUGUGUGUGUGUGUGUGUGUGUGUGUGUGUGUGUGUGUGUGUGUGUGUGUGUGUGUGUGUGUGUGUGUGAGGUGGAGGAUCUUGACGAAGAAGGACUUCCCAUCAGAAACCCAGAGGAGGACUGGUGUGUGUGUUCAGGGCCGGAUGGGAGACGGACUGCAUGGUGUGUGUGUGUGUGUAUAUUGUAUGUAAAUAGUGUUGAUUUUGUACGGUACAAGUGUGUGUGACUUGUUUUGUACACAUGAUAAAAAGAUUAAAUGACACUUUUAUAAGAGCCUGCUACUGGCUCACCGUCACACUAUACAGUGCAAUAAAGUGCUUUGAUUGGCUAAAACUCA